AUGCCCCGCUGGUCACUGCAAAUAAACGGCUGCGAUCAAGCAGGGUCCGAGCGCACAGAGGAACCUUCCUCUCACCCGCCGCGGAGACCUACAGGUGCAGCAGAGCGGCUCAAGUCCCGCAGUUACAUUGGAAGCAGCUUCUCAGGUGGGGGUAUGGAAUCUAUAGCUGCUUCUGCCGCUGCUGCUGCUGCUUCGGCGUCUAGUGUUGAGUCGAGUAGAAAACCAGGUGCUGCUGCACAGAGGCUUAAGUCCAGCAGCUUCAUUGGGCGGAGUUUUUCUGGGGGGGGUGUGGAGUCUGCAUCUGCUUCUGCUGCUGCUGCGGCGGCGUCUAUCCGCGCUGCAUUACGGGCGUCCGUGCUUCGAAGCUCGUCAGGAGUGGGGAAAGAGGGGCAGGCGGGAGAUGGACAGGGGCGAGAGGGACAGGGGGGACAGGCAGGAGGGGGGCAGAAAGGGAGAAGCGGAGGUUCGGGUCGAUGGUUGAUUGCAAAGAGCUUCUCAGGAAGCCGUGCUCGCACAGGUGAUGCUGCUGCUGAUGCUGCUGCUGAUGCUGCUGCUGCUGCUGUUGCUGCUGCUGCUGGUAGUGAUGCUGCUGCUACUAAUGGUGAUGUUGAGGCUGCUGACGGUAAGUUUCGGGUGGAUGAGUCACGUUCGGCCAGCGUGCGAGGCACGGGUGGGGAGGAGGAGGAGGGAUUUGGAGUGUGUGGCAGGGAGAGCAGGGACGGUGGCAGGAGAGAAGGGAUGGAGGAAGAGGAGGGAUCAGGAGAGUGUGGUGGGGGGAGCAUUGACAGUGAGGAGGAGGAGAGUGAGAAAGAGGAGGAAGAGCGGGGAGAGGGGGGAGAAGAGGAAGAGGGGGAAGAGGUGGAAGAGGAGGAGGGCGAGGAAGUAGCUGUAGGGAGAGGGUUGUGGGAAGAUUACAACGAGGGUGGAACUCUGAGAGCCGAGAUGAGCUUACGAGACAGUGGAUGGUCACCGGAGCAAGGGCAGUACGGAGCAGCGGAUUGGAUGAAGCACCCCAGCAGCAGGUUGAUAGCAAUGAAUCGAGAUGAGGUGGACGAGGAAGAGGAGGGAGAGGAGGGAGAGGAGGGUGAAAGAGAGGAGGGUGAAGGAGAGGAAGAGGAAGGAGAGGAGGGAGAGGAGGAGGAGAGGCAGGGCUUCAUCCUGAGCAGCGGAGGUGUGGAAAUGGAGGGUGCUGGGUGGCGGGAAGGGGGUUUCCAGGAAUCUUCCGAGCCAAUGCAAGAUUCAAAACUAGGUGAUACUCCGGAUGGAAGCUUCCAGGAAAAUGAGAACGACGGAGAAGGGUUUGGGAUGGAUAGGAGGCUAUUGAUGGGUGCUCCUUCGCUCAACCCCAAUGCAGUGUUUGAAACGCCCCAGCAGCAAAGGGCGCUCAUAGGAGCCCCUUCUCUCAACCCUAACGCAGAUUUCGAGACUCCUCAGAAAAGGGUUUUGAUGGGAGCUCCUUCGCUCAAUCCUGAUGCAGUUUUUGAGGUGCCCCAGCAGAGGGAGCUUAUAGGGGCGCCGUCCCUUAACCCUGACGCGGGCUCACAGGCGUUUUGGGCGAGUUUGAAGGAGGGGAGAGGGGCGGAUGUGUGGCAUAGGGAGGCGGAGACGAUUGCGGAAGAGGGGGAUGGGGGAGAGGGAGGGGAAGGGGAAGAGGAUGGGGAGGGGGAGGAGGGGGAUGGGGCGAGUGGUGUGUUUGAUCUGGCGCAAGGGCUGAUGAUGCAGGGAGAGGGGGGAGGUGUGGAAGAAGGAGGAGGGUUCGGUUUUGAUGUGGGGGAGAGGGAGGAGGGAAACUGGGAUGGAGGAGCAGCAGGGUACGAGGUUGGUGGCAGCAGGAGUAUGGGGCGAGACAUGGGUGUUGGUGGUCCGUGGGAGUCAGUGCGAGAAGCAGAGAGGGAAAUGGAUUCAGUAUGCAGCAGCAGCAGCACUGCAAUGCUGUUCCGAGGGAGUCAGAGCCUGGGAGCACCGGGAGUUCAAGGGGAGCUUCAAGAGAGGGAUGAUGGAAAUGGGGAGUUUCAAGAAGGCGAGGUUGGAUCAGACCUGUGGGGAAGGGCUGCAAGGGUUGAAAGCAGAUAUUCUUCCCAGGAGAAAAGCAGCAGCAGCAGCUUUCAGGCGUCCCCUGCAUCACCCAUGGGAAACGAUGGAGGCGAGGGAGGUGCGGGGGAAGGAGGGUGGCGCGAAGGAGGAGGAGGAGUUGACGGAGGGGUUGAAGGGAACUGGCUAGCAAGAGAAGGAGCAGCAGUUGCAGCGACAGAAGUAGUAGCAGGGGGCAUGGUUCAGAGAGAAGAUACAGUAGAGGAAAUGAGAGGAGGAGGGGGAGGGGGAACACCAGUAGCAGCAGCAGGGGCAAGUACAAUGAGGGGAGGAGGAGCAGAGGCAGCAGCAGUAGACAAGGAAGCAGCACUGGAAAACGCGUGGAUGAUGGCGGAAGGGGAAGAGGAAGAAGAAACUCCAGAUUUUGACGAUUUCAGCCGCACACGAACCUUCACCUCUGCCAUCCUAGCCGGAAUCACCAAGAGAGUCACCGGGCCUAAGGCUGGGCCUGCCAAGCCUGGAGCCACCAAGCCUGGGUUCGCCAUGCCUGGGCUUGGCAAGAGGGAGGAUCCGGGUAGUAGCAGCAAGACGGUGGUUCCGAGGACUGUUAGUGAUAUGCUCAAGGAUGCGGCAAAGGAGGGAAUGGUGAAGGGCGAGGGGAAGCAGGGCAAGUGGUGGGCUUUCAGGGAGAAAGGGGAAGAGAGCGGUAGGGUGUUAGGGGGGCCUGGAUGGGGUAUUCUGGCCUCCAAGCCGAGACCAGGGGAGGAGGGAGGGGGUUUACAGGGUGCACCUGCACUGGAGGCACAUGGUCUAGGUGGGUCAGGUAGGUUAGGUGGGCACAAUGGGGAUAGUAAGGGCGAGGAGGAGAAGGAGCGGGGCGGACUGUUUGGUUCCGCUCAUACCCAACACCACCACCACUCGCGGCAGAAGUCGCAGAUUUCGUUUGGGUCUGUUGCUGAUUCUGCUCUGCUGUCUGGCCUGCCUUCGUUCCUUAAGUCGGUCACUUUCACCUCUGCUGAAGCCCAGGCGCACCACAAGCAGCAGCAGCAGCAAGAGGAGGAGGGGGAGGAUCAGCUGCGGAUGCAGCAGGGGGAUGAGAUGCCGGCAGAGUUAUCAAGUCAUGCACAGGAGAUUGAGACACAUGGGGGACCGUACGAGUCGUAUGAAUCGCGGGAACACACACAACAGCACAGAGAAGCAGAUGAGGAGGAGAACCCUGAAGAGCAGCAGCAGCAGCAGCAGCAGCAUAGGCCGUGGGGGUCUGCUGUGGGGUGCAGCCCGGUGGAGGAGGGUACAGCACGGUACCCUGCAAAUCAGCAGCACAGCGAUGGCUUGUGGGGCAGCAGUGGGGUGCACUGGAGGAGCAGUGGCAGUGCGGUGGAACGGCUGAGGGACGAGGCUGGCUGUGCUGCUUCCGACCCCAGCAGGGGUAGGAGCCUUUCCCGAAUGCGCCCUGGUGUCAGUGCCUCUUUCUCUGGUCGUCUGCCUGCUGCUGCUACUGGUACUGCUGCUGCUGCUUCUGCUGCUAAUGUUCCAACUACCACUACUGGUGAUGGUGCAACUACCCCCAUUGGUAAUGGCGCAACGACCCCGACUGGUGGUGAUGCGUCUGGCCCUGCUAUCAGCCCUGUUGUCACUCCACGUGUUGCCUACUUCUCCUUCGACAAGUACCGCGAGGCUGUAGCAGGGGGAGGCUCGUCCGGGGGAGGUGCAUCUGCAGAGGAGCGCGAUGCGGAGGGGUACCUGCUAUCUCACUCCUUUGGCAGCGGCAGGGCUAGAAGCAGGAGCAGCUUCAGCGGCAGAUACGGCAGCAGCAUUGGCGGUGGUGGUGGUAGCGGGAGUUUGACUCCCCCUCCUAGAGGAGCAUUGGGGAAGAGUGGCAGCGGUUGCUUGACCCCUCCUUCUGGCGCACUGGGUAAGAAUGGCAGCGGUAAUUUGACCCUUCCUUCUGGUGCGUUGGGUAAGAGUGGGAGUGGCAGCCUUACGCCUCCUGGAAAUAUGUUUAGUCGCGGUGGCAUGGGGAAUGGGAGCGUGACCCCUCCAGGAAAUAUGUUCAGCAGGAGCGGCAGCAGGAGAGGGUUCACUCCGUCAGCAGGGGACAUGUCUAGUCGGAGGCAAGCAGGAGACUGGACUUCACCGGGGGGAAGCAACCACAGCACCCACAGCAACCACAGCAACCACAGCAACUACAACCAGAGGAACGCCUGUGUUCGUAGCCACAGCCAUAGCCACAGCCACCAGGAGCAGGAGGUUCACACCACGAGCAGCCACUCCCACCUGCAGCGAGGGUUUCCCCACGUGCGUGGGGGCGUUGAGCGAGUGGCCUCGGAUUGUGCGGCAGACAAGAGAGCGAGGGAACGAGAAGCGGAUAGAUGGGACGAGGCAGAGCAAGGGGAUGGUGUGCGAGGGCGAGUAGGGUCAGGCCGCAUGAGUGGAGAGGGGGAGGGGGUGCUUCUGACUGCCAGUCUGGGAAGGCGGGUUGGGGAAGGGCAAGGGGGUUUGCGUGGGUCGCGACUGGGGAAGGGUGGUAGGGGCGACAAGGCGGCAGUGAGAGGGGUGGAGGAGGGUGAGAGGGAGGAGGGGGAGGAGGAGGAGGUGGGGAGUUGUGGUUCCCGUGCAAGCAGGGUGGCGGAUGGAGCGUCGGGUGGGGCACGGCCAAAGUACGACAGGAAGGCCAGAGACGUGCGAUUGCACUCCACACCUGAGCGGCAGCGGCCUCUGGAGCGUCCGGCAACCUCAUCUGCUGCAGCAGGGGUUGGCAGGCCCCCCAUCCACCACGCCCACUCCGCCUCUCUGGCUGCUCGUUCUGCUUUUUAUUUGUGCAACUCCCCUUCCUUCCUCUCUCUUCUACCCACCGCUCCCGACACCAGGAGUCGCACCUUUGGCAAUCCAGAAGAGCUCGUGGACCUCUACCCUCCCCCCGGCGCCUUUGAGCGGUCCCACUCCACACCCGAGCGGCGGCGGCCUCUUGAUCGCCCAGCAACCUCCUCUGCUGCAGCAGGGGCUGGGAGACCUCCCAUCCACCACGCCCACUCCGCCUCUCUGGCUGCUCGCUCCCUGGUGAACGGGCAUGGGAGUGGGCAGAGGCUGAGAGGAGGUGAGUCCGGGCGGAUUGGAGGGAGCAGAUUGUCUGGGAAACAGCAGAGGAACCAGGGGUGGGACGAGCAGCAGGGGCGGUAUGGGGAGGAGCAUGAGCACAAGCAGGGGUAUGAGGAGCAGCAGUAUGAGCAGAACUAUCAGCCGCAGCAAGUGCAGGAGAAGAAACAGCAGAAGGGGCGUAAGGAGUCGGGGGCAGCGCUGCAUGUGGCGUGGAGGCAGUUGGAAGGGGAGGAGGAGGAGGAGGAAGAGUGGGAUAGGCAGAAUUCAGAUCCUGUGGCAGGCGGCAGGGGGAGGGUGAAGGCUGUAAGGAAGCUAGUGGAGGACGAGGAGAAUGGAGAGUGGGGACGGCAGAACUCAGAUCCUGUGACAAGCGGCAGGGGGAGAGUGAAGGCUGUAAGGAGGCAAGUUCGGGAGGAGGAGGAUGGAGAGUGGGGCAGGCAGAAUUCAGAUCCUGUAAAAGGGAGCAGGGAGAGGGUGAGGGCUGGAGGGAGGCACGUGGAGAAUGAGGAGGAUGGGGAGGAUGGAGAAUGGGGACGGCAGCACUCAGAACCUGCGAAACCCGGCAGGGAGAGGGUUAAGGCUGGAAAGGGGCACGUGGAGAACGAGGAGGAUGGGAGUGAUGGAGAAUGGGGACGGCGGCACUCAGAACCUGUGAAAGGCGGCAGGGAGAGGGUGAAGGUGGGAAGGGGGGACGAGGAGGUUGAGGAGGAGAGAGAGUGGGAUUCUGUGGAAGGCGGCCGGUCUGUGAAUGCUGGAUGGAGGCAUGAGGAGGCCGAUGAGGAGGAAGGAGAAUGGGCUGAGGAGGACGGAAAGUGGGGCAGGCAGACGCACUGGAAUUGUGUGAAAGAUGGCAGGGAGAGGGAGAAGGCGGGACGGAGGCAAGUGGAGGAGAGGGAGAUGAUUGGAUACGGUGGGGAUGGUUAUGAGGAGAACACAGAGGAGGAAGAGGAAGAGGCAGGGGAUGGGGAAGAGGUGGAGGAAGAGGAGGAGGAUGAUGAAGAGGAGGAGGAGGAGGAUGGGGAAGAGGUGGUGGAGAGUGGACAAACGAGAUGGUCCAGAGAUCGUGGUACAAGCUCAGGGAAAGGGACUGGGGUCAAAUCUGGGGAAGGGAGAGCAGGGACAAAAUCUGAGAAUAAGCCUUCGUACAGGUGCGACAGUGGACGGGGAAAGGUCAAUGGAAGAAACAGUGGGAGUGAGGGCGAGGAGGAGCAAGGGGGGAGGAAAUUUACUUAUGAGAAGGAGCGUUCGCGAGGAAAGGGGAGAGGAGGGAGGGGGUGGGAAGGAGGCAGUGGUGGUUAUGGGGAGAGGCGGCAGCAAUGGCAUGACAGUCAAGAUCGGAAUGAGGAGGAAGGGGAGGGCGUGGAGGAGGAGGGUGAGGGGGAAGGAGGGAGUAUUGAUGAGGAUAGUAAGGAGUGGAGUGAGUGUGAGGAUAGUGAGGUGGAGAACGGGGAUGGUGAAGGGAGUGGGGAACUGGUGAGUGGAGAUGAGGAGGAGAGUGCACAGCAUGCAGUACGCAGAAAGAGCGGAGAGGAACACGAGGAACAGUACAGCUACAGAGGCGGGGACAGAGAUGGGUACAGAGAUGGGGACAGGAAGAAACAGUCACAAAGGAGCAGUGGUCGGGAGAAGCAGAAUGCACGGGGGCUUGAAGAGAGGCGUAAUGGAGAAAAGGACAGCAUGCACAGCAGGCACAAAGGGGAGGGGGAUGAAGUGUAUAGAAGAAAUGGGGAAGAAGUACCGGAAUAUGGGAGUGAUGUGUACGAUAGGGGCUAUGGAGACAUGGGGGGAGGUGAGGAGGAAGAUGGGGGGGGAUACAGAAAGGGCCGCUCUAGUAAAGAGAAGUACACCUAUCAGGAAGUCGAGAGGGGUGGAGCAAGGAACAGUAGUGCACGCCACUUCCGCACUUCCAGCUGCUUGGACCAGAAGAGUCAGGAGGGCGAGAGAAAUGCAGCAAGGGGUGGUGGUAGUGGUAGUAGUGCACGACACUCACGCACUUCCAGCUGGUUGGACCAGAAGAGCCACUCUCACCGGCCUGGGCGAUAG